AAAGACGAGAGAGAGAGAGACAGAGAGAGAGAGAGAGAGAGAGAGAGAGAGGGGUACAAGAAUCUCCAAACUUCAGGUUGCUUCUCUCAGCAAGAACAAGACAAGAAAAGGAUAAAAAGGGACCAGACCGAUCCUGCUGCAUGUGAGAGAGGGAGACUAAUAACCUCUCCAAGAAUUUUUUUACGCAAGAAUAAGAAAACCUUCCCGAUGUCUAACAAGCGACCCAAACCGGAAAAAACAGAAAAGCCAAAAAUGGCGCAGCGACUAAGCCGGGAUCUGACCUGCUCGAUCUGCCUGGAUUUAUUCAAGCAGCCCGUGUCUCUCCCUUGCGAUCACACCUUCUGCCAUUCCUGCAUUACCAACUACUGGAGCGGCGGCGGAGGCGCGCGCGCACCCGGUCAACCGAGCACCGGCACAUCUGGCUCGUGCCCUCAAUGCCGCAAAGUUUUCCCCGGUCAGAGUUACCGGCCCAACCGCAUCGUGGCCAACAUCGUGGAGAGCUACAGCCGGGAAAUCGAGGAGGAGAGCGCGAGCGCAUCGAGCAGCACACUGAGCUCGGCACCGCGUUGCGCGCGACACCGCGAGGAACUGAAGCUGUACUGCGAGGAGGAGCACGAGCUCGUGUGUCUUGUCUGUGCCGUAUCCCAAGAGCAUCGGUCUCACAUGCUGGUGUGUGUGGACGAGGCAGAGCAAAAAUACAGGAAGUCACUGAGCAGCUCGGCCACGGCACUUCAGGCAGAGCUGAACACGGCACUGGAGUGCGAGAGAGAGACGGAGGACGAGGUGAAGAAGCUGAAGGAACACACUGCAGACCUCAAGCAGCGCAUUGAAGCUCAGUUCAGUGACCUCCACCAGUUCUUGUAUCAGGAAGAGAAACUGCUCCAGGUGAAGCUGAAGACUGAGGAGCGUCGGGAGCUGAUCCGACUGGAUGAACACAAAGCGUUGCUGUGUGUGGAGAUAUCACGACUGCGGCGUGCUCUCUCAGAGGUCGAGGAAAAACUGAGGGAGCAUGAUCCAUACACACUGCUGAGGAACAUAAAGACUCUAAUUCAAAGGCAGCCACUGAAGUUUGAGAAACCGUCACUGACACCACCACAGCUGUGUGAGGGUCGAUUUGCCGGGCCGCUUCAGUACCGCGUCUGGAAAUCUCUCAAAGGAAGCCUCUAUCCAGUGCCUUCAGCCAUCACGUUCAACGCGAGCACAGCGAACCCGUGGCUGAGCGUGACCCCGUCACUCACCUGCGUGCGCUACCAGACCUUCAACAGCUCUGCACGUGACAACCCCCAGCGCUUCGAUGCUGCUCUGUCACUACUCGGCAGUCAAGGCUUCACCCAUGGAUGCCACUACUGGGAGAUUGAGGUGUCGAGCAGCGCUGUGUGGACGGUGGGCGUCGCACGAGAGUCUGUCGCCAGGAAAGGUGUGAUCAAAGCGCUGCCAGCCAACGGGUUCUGGACUGUCUCUCUCUCCUAUGGUGUGCAGUACAUGGCAGGGACAUGGCCUCCCACUGUCCUGUCCUUGCACGAACAGCUGGAGCGAAUCGGUGUGUACCUGGACUAUAAGAGAGGCCUUGUUUCCUUCUACAAUGCUGAGAGCAUGACGCACCUCUACACUUUCCACGACGCCUUUAACGAGACGCUCUAUCCUUACUUCAACCUCGGCUUUCUAGAUAAAGUACACGAGAACGAGCCUCUUAAAGUGUUCAUGCCCAAAAUCUGAGCCUAAAAUAGUACUAAAAUGAGUGCAGUGUCGGGUCCAAAACCAUGAGUUCACUACCAAGGGAUCAUCAGUUAUUAAAUCACAGUGUGAAACAAUCCAUUGUUUAGUGGUCUCAUUUUAACUGUUUUUUAAUUUUUUUUCCAAAGUCAUUUUGAUUCAAUUUAAUAGUGCUUUAGAGAGUUCGAACCCUGAUGAAGUCAUGGCAACAUUUGUGUGGAAGAAACGUGGCCUUGCUCUUAGGGAGGGAGGCGUGGCAUCAGCUCUCUGCCCUGUCAAUCACAGCAACACUACCCAGUCACGGGCAUCUUUUAGCUCAUGCAUGCAGAAUAGAGCUUAGUUAAGAUCUCGCUUUCCUCCGAGUGUGUUAAACCGUUUAACGAUAUUCAAUUGGCUGUACCUUGGAGGAAGCACCUGAUAGUCUUUGCCCUUCCUGGUUAGUAUUUGCCGUGAGAUGCCGGAUGCGUGGCAGCUGCCUGAGACUAAAUCAGGGAGAAAAUUCAUGGGAAAUGUUCUUUAUUUAACCUACCUAUUUGGCCAGCAACUAUGAGAUUAAAGUAUGAUGAAGUUAUAAACAUGAAUAUGAGUUUAUGCCUGGGACAAGCAGACCCAUAAAUCUGCUCAGGAACCUGGAUUACUGAUUUUGUCUACCUCCACGGGAACAUUAAAACACUUCCGUGUGUAACUGGAAGGAAACAUGAAGACUGAAUGGAGAAUCAAUGUAAGGGAAAAGCUAAAGUUGUGAGAGUAGAGAAUUAAAGGAUUAGUCCAAGGUUUUUUUUUACUAUUUUUAUUUUUGUUGCUUUAUUUUGUCAUGUUAUUAUAUUGAAAAAUGUUGCUUCAGAUGCCACAGGGGGAACAAAAAUGGCAAUGAUCUUAGACCUCAUAGUAGACCAGGCUGGACCUGGGGUAGAUAUGGAUCUUUACAUUCUUUAUAUAUAUAUAUAUAUAUAUAUAUAUAUAUAUAUAUAUAUAUAUAUAUAUAUAUAUAUAUAUGUAUAUAGGAGGAAUCUGAAUUAUACACUAUGUGGCCAAAAGUUUGUGGACACCUGACCAUUACCUUUUGUAGCUAUAACACUCUUCUAGGAAGGCUUUCCACUAUAUAUUGGAGCAUGGCUAUGGGGAUUUACAAGAGGAUGAGGAGGUGAGGAGACCUGGGGUGCAGUCGGCAUUCCAGAUUAUCCCAACAUUGUUUAUUGAGUUUGUGGUCAGGGCUUUGUGCAGGACACUCUUCUCUCUUUGUGUAGGACACUCCACUACGACCUCAGUAUAACCAUGUCAUCAUGGAUAUAGCUUUGUGCACAAGGGUAUUGUCAUGCUAGAACAGGCUUGGUCCUCUUAGUUCUAGUGAAGGAAAUUCUAAUGCUACAAUCAUACAAGGACAUUCUGUACAAUUGGGUGCUACCGACUUUGUCCACAGAAUGUGUGUACAAGUGUGAAUUCAGAUGCAGUUUCUCUGAGCCGUAAGCUGUUUAUCAGAACAAUAUUGGAACCUAUUUUUCUCAUCAACUCUUGAAAAAGGGCUUUAAAUGUUCAUAUAUAUGUUCAACCUUUAUAUGUUUAUCAUCUAGACCUGUGUAGCAUAUAAUGUUCUAAAUGUAAUAUACAUAAUACACAUCAUAACAUUAGGGUAUACUGGUAUACCAAUAUACAAGGGCUAUGCAUUAAUAUUGUAUUUUGUUUUGUAAUUAUCUAAUUCCAGUGAAUCUGUCCAGAUUUAUUGACUCUGGAGAGUUUUUACGUGUUAAAAAAAUGCUAAAGGUGCUUAAAUCAAGAGAUAUAUCCAAAAAGUGCUGAGAUCUCAUGUAAUAACCUCACAUCUCUAUUAAAAGCUAUGAAGGCAUCACAGUGUUUGAGAAUAUCCUGUAAUCUGAGAUGAAUAAAAUAAAUGUAUCAGCAAUUCUUAACAAGCAUUGUU